AUGGUUCUCCAUCCCUUCUGCUUGUGCACUGAUGUUUUGCAGGCCUGUGACCCCGAGGACAGGAGGAUGAAGGGGGAGAACGUCACCAAGGUCGGCACGUUCAUCCUGGUGGGCUUCCCCUCAGCCCCCGGGCUCCACUUCUUCAGCUCCCUGGUGUGCACCGAGUGUGUGCUCCUGGCCUCCAUGGCCUACGACCGCUACGUGGCCAUCUGCCACCCCCUGCGCUACCAAGCCACCAUGACCACGGGGCUGUGCGUCCAGCUGGUGAUCUUCUCCUUCGUGAGCGGCUUCACCAUCUCUGUGAUCAAGGUGUCCUUUAUCUCCAGCGCCACAUUCUGUGGCUCCAAUGUCCUGAACCACUUCUUCUGCGACAUUUCCCCCAUCCUCAAGCUGGCCUGCACAGACUUCUCCACCGCAGAGCUGGUGGAUUUCAUCCUGGCCUUUCUUAUCCUGGUGUUCCCGCUGCUGGCCACCGUGCUGUCCUACGGACACAUCACCCUGGCUGUCCUGCGCAUCCCCUCGGCCACUGGCCGUUGGAGAGCCUUCUCCACCUGUGCCUCCCACCUCACGGUGGUCACCAUCUUCUACACAGCCAUGAUCUUCAUGUAUGUCCGGCCCCAGGCGAUUGAUUCCCGCAGCUCCAACAAGCUCAUCUCUGCUGUGUACACUGUCCUCACGCCGAUAAUAAACCCUUUGAUCUACUGCCUGAGGAACAAAGAAUUUAAGGACGCCCUGAAGAAGGCUUUGGGCUUGGGUCAGGCUCCUCAGUAUGGCAAUUAA